AACAAAUUUGAUCAUCAGUGAUAUUCAUCACAGUAUUCCGAAUGACACUUUGUGAUAAAAUAAUAUAUAUUAUUUCACCAUUUUUGUGAAAACAAUCUGUACAAUGUACAUAUAUGACUCAUAUAUAAUGAGUAAAAUGAGGAAUAUAGCGCUCAGCCGAUAAGAUUAACUAUUGUUUUUGUAGAUGUAAACAACACCAAUACCAACCACUAAUUGACAAUACUUACGAUUUUCCAUAUAAAUUUGUUGGCAACGAAUCAUCCGCUAUGCUUUAGUAUUAUUUUCUGUGCAAUAUUCGGUGUCACGUCCGCAUUAGCGCAGUAAAAAUUUGAAAUAAUACACAAAUUUUAAUAUUUUAAAUUUUAAUUUUAUUUUUGAAAAGAAAGAAAAUAUUUGGUUAUGGCUCAGUUACCUGCUUCCCAUCCUCAUAUUCCGUAUCUUGGAUUGAUACCAGGAGGAUUUCAUCAUGGCCUGAUGAUCCGAGUAACCGGCGAAAUGCUUUAUCACGAUAGAUUUGACGUGGAGAUUAGAGCCGGACCUAUUUUAACACCAUCCGAUGAUAUAAAUGUACAUUUGAGUGUUCGUCCAAACGAAGGCGCAAUCGUUAGGAAUUCGAUGAUCAGCCAAUCAUGGGGCGACGAAGAAAGAUUCGGCGGUUGUCCAAUCCAGCAUGGGCAACGAUUUGAGAUUUUAAUACUUGGGGAAUUAAAUCAAUUCAAAAUUGCUGUUAAUGGUCGUCAUUUCUGUGAAUUCCGACAUCGAAUUCCCCUGUCUUCGGCUAGAUUUGUUCAUGUCCAAGGCCAAGUGAAAAUCCAUUCAAUAAGACUAGAAGGUGAUCCAAACACAUUGACACCAUCCGCUCCAUUGCUAACAACGCUGACGACAUCAAUGCCCUCAUAUCAACAAGCACCACCACAGCCGUAUCAAGGCUAUCAGCCGCAUCAUCAGCCACAUACACAAUACGUACACCCAAGUCCAUAUAAUACUUUUUCGACGACUGUGACUGCGGUGCCUAGUCAGCAGCAAACGUAUCCGAGCGGUCAAUAUUAUUAUCAACAACCGCCACACCAAACAUAUUAUUAUCAACCAGGACAACCGAAUUUGUCGAAUCAGCCCUAUCAACAAAAUCCAUCAUAUAAUACCUACCAAACCACACCACAUUACUCUUCACCACCGAAAAGUGGUUCUGGAACAAAAGCAUUAAAAUAUGCGGCGGGUAUCGGGGGAAUUGGCCUGGGUGCCUACGCUAUUUCAAAAAUGUUCGACAGUGAUGGCUCAAAUUCGGACUGAAUCAAAAUGCACAUAAUGUUAAAAUAUUCAUAAAUAUUCCAAACGAUGAAACAAAUAAAUUCCAACUUGCGUUAGCCAUACCGA